AAGCUUCUAAGUGAUCUAACUCCUCCAUUCCAACUCUCACGCUCUUUCUCCCCCCUCUCCCUCUCACCUGCCUCUACCUUAUCGUGCGUUUACCUAACCUCAUACUGCCGAACUUGAACCUUCCCACUCAUAUCCGGGAACCUCAUCUCACUCUCACACCCUUACCCCUCCAAGGCUGAUUCCUGACCUCGUGGACCAAACUACUUUGCGCGACCCCUCCAUUGCUCCCCGAACAUCCGACGCAACAACGCGACUGAACUUCACACCUAGAUUUGCCGAUUCCUGAAUUUGAUCCCGAGCCUCCCGUGGCCUUGAACCAUGGCCUCAUCCGGUCUCGGGAGAGGUUCCAUCCUCCUUGCUCUUUGUCUGCUGCUGGUGCUCUUACCAGGUCGCGCCGCCGCCUUUGGCGCUGGCAACAUCCCCUCCAUUGCUCAGGUCGAGGGUCACAACUGGCGUCAUGGAGAUAUCGAGGAUAUGCUCAAGACUAUUGCCUUCUUGCACGGCAAGAAAUGGACUUCCAUGUUGGUGUCGCGUGUCUACUUUGGAAACUGGCUUCGCGACUACUCUCAGGCCGUCGAUGUAGGCAGCUUGAAGGGAGUGAACGCCCCCACCAUCAGAAUUCUGGUUUGGGUUCUUUCUUUUAUGGCCUUCGGCUAUGCGACGGAAGAGUUCGAGGUAACCGAGGAGCGCCUCGGCGUCUACCGUCCCGAAGAGCACAUCGACAACCCCCUGGGCUACGCCGACGGCAUGGACGCGCGCAAGUUUGACCCUCGCCUGCGCGGUCCCGUCGACCCUAUCGAAACUCGGAUCGAUCCACGCACCGGCAUGAAGAACUACAUUGCCAACGAAUCCGGUGGCUGGGCGACUAGCGCUGGCUACUUGCGCUUCAGCUUCGCCCGCAGCAUUCACUUCGGUCGGGUCUACACGAGCGGUUCGCGUGGCUCCGGAAAGGAGGCAGACCUUUGCGAGGCAUUGCGUUGUCUCGGACAGGCUCUCCACUGCAUGGAGGACUUCAGCGCGCACAGCAACUACUGUGAGCUUGCGCUACGGGAGCUGGGCUACCACGACGUCUACCCCCACUGCGGUGCUGCCACCGAAAUUAACCUGAAUGGCCGUCGUGUUUUCCCUCUCGUCACCGGAACCUUUGGUGCUGUGGAUUUCCUGCACUCCGUUCUCGGCGAAGCCACGGACCACUUCACCCAGUCCGAGGUGGAUGAAAUGAACGUCGCUCUUCAGAACGCCGAAGGCAUGACCGCAAACCUCACUGGUGGCGGCACUGGGUCCCGUGGCUUUCUGGGGCUCGGCUCCUCGAAGCCGAAUGACUUUAUCUCACUUGUCAGCCAGCUCCCGGGCAUUGGUGGAGAUCUGGCAGGUCAGGCCCGCGAUCUACAGUCCAGAUCGGCUGCACAGGAGCAGCAAAACACCCGUUCAGGCGGCGAUCUCAGCCGCGACAACGCAAACCAAGUACCCGGCAUGAGUACCAACUUCGACCCUGUCGAGACUGCCCGUAAGAUCUACCCGAUCCUGCAGUUCCGAGACAAGAUUGUCAAGUCCAUCAGCAACCUCAUCUCCAAGAUUCCUGGCUUGGAGAAGCUCUUGGAUCACAUCAGUGAGACACUGACUGCAUUCAUUCUGGGACUGUUGGCGCCAUUUGUCAGACCCAUCAUCACCCAGGUUUCCAAGGUCCUCAAGGAUGGUUCCUCAACCGUCAUUGAUGCCAGCUCCAACUCUCAGCUGGAGCCCUGGAAGAACCCCAGUUGUGAUGACCCGACCCACUCCAUGCUGUCUAAGGAUCACUUCACCAACAUCCUCAACUCGUGCGCGGGCAGGGUUGCUGCGACGAUCUUGCAAUAUGUCGUCCCGCGCAUUCUUUACGCAUGGGAGAACCCUGGAGUGCCCGUCGACGAGGUCGUUGAUGAUGUCCUCCGGGCUUUCCACCACCCGGCAGCCCGCGACGACAGAAUACAGAUACAGAGAGACAUGUUCGAGACGGUUCGCAAGUGGGUGAAUGAGAGUUCUCAUAAGCAUGAGCUGUCUCAUCUUCUCUCGUCCGAGUCGGUCAAGACUGGUAAAAACCACAUUCUCAGUGGUGGUAACGGCACGAAAAGUGUUGGUGGCCCCGGUCACACACACUCCCACGGAGCCUUUGACGGUUUCGGGGAGCUGGGCCAUGGCAAGGUUCAGGGUUCCCUCUGGAACCAGAUCCGCACGCGAGACCUGAACUCUAUGGAGGGCGAUGACAGGAAGCCUCUGUCGAGCUCUCCUCUUCCUCCAUCGCGACCGGACUACGGAUAUCACGAGAGCCAGGGCGGAAGCAGCCACCACUACUCGGCCUCGCAAUCCCAGGGCCACGCCUCGAGCUACUACAGCCAGCCCGAACCACAAGGCUACGGCCAACAGCCACCUGCUCCGCCCGCGGGUCAAUGGGGCCAUCCUCAACCCCCACAAGGAUACGGCGGUCCUGGUUACGGUCCCGGGCCCGGUUACGGCGGCCCCGGAUACGGUGGACCGCCGCAGCCCCAAUACCCGCCUCACCACCAGCAACCGCCUGCUCCCCAUCAUCAGCAGGGUGGCUGGGGCCAGUACCCAGGCCAGCACCGCUACUAAACAAGCAAGGAAGAUACUUUGGAACGAACAGCGAUAUCGGUUGACGGCUUAGAUGAGGUUUACGUACGGGCUGGAGUCCUCGGGGGCAACAUGAAAAUGGGUUGGGUCGGUAUGGAAGGUUUGUACGAAUCCAUUUGGGCUCACGAGACUAGAACGAUUCCCCGGGUCGGUGCGUACAAGCACACAAGACAUGAACUGCAUAAUUAUAUCUGAUUUGAUGGGUUUCCUCUCUUAUGGCACGUGUUGUUUCUGUUGUAACUCGGGUGAUACCCCUUUCCCGCCAUUGCUUACGUGAACCAACUCUUCCCCUUCUUCCCCUUCUCUUCCUGCGUUGAAGUCUCCAAUUCCU